UUAUUAUUAAUUAUAACAAAUAAUAAUCGUUAUAAAAUCAAUAGGAUAAUGAUUAAUUUACCUAACACUCGUGCAUUUCCGUCAGUAACUAUUAAUCGUGAAAUUAUUAAUGUAGGUACAUUAUAAUAUGACUCAUCGAUACGUUAAUUAACCUACUAAGGUAAAUAGUAAAUACUAUAUGGGUAAGUAAUAGCAACUAGCAAGUAUAAAUGUAUAAUGAUAUGUAUUUAUAUGUCAAUGAAUGGCUCAAAACUAAGACUACGAUCAACACGUUUCACCUCAAUGGUUUAGAGGUUAAAACAAUGUUCAAUGAAAAUGAAUUGUUCGGCAUGGGAAGAAGCGUCAACACGCGUACAUCGACAUUUAUUAUUUAUUUGAAAAAUGUUUGAUCAACAAUAUAAUAUUACUAAUAAUCAUCAUAAGCAUUACGCAUAAAAUACGAUAUUAAUAAACGGGUAAUUAUAUAAUUACUAUCGCGUCCGGUGCUCGGUUUCGACGCCGUUUUAAGGACCAUUUUAAUAGUGGCCGACGAGCAACGCGCUAGCCGUUCACUGCUCAGGUGUUGGGACUGCUGGCCGUUGGGUUGUAGACUAGUCGUCACUCGUGACUCGACACAGUCGACACCGAUCACCGUCGAGACAUCGACAUUACGUGCCCACGUCGGAUGUACAUCAUGUCUGGAGCUGCAGUGACCGAGCGUCAGCGCCCCAAGGCCGUGUACGUGUUCAGCGGAAAGCGGAAAUGCGGAAAGGAUUACAUCACGGACGCGAUCUACAAAAGAAUUGGAUCAGAAAAAUGUGUAAUAAUUCGUCUUUCGGGCCCCAUAAAAAAGCACUGGGCCCAAACUAAAUCACUUCAAUUGGAUGAACUUCUCAGUGAURGUGAGAUGAAGGAACAACACAGAAAGUCAAUGAUUGAAUGGAGUGAAAAUGUACGCUCACAUGAUAGUGGUUAUUUUUGUCGUAUGGCAAUAGAUAUGUAUGAUCAAAACCAUUCAAAAGAUAUAUGGAUUGUGAGUGAUGCUAGAAGAAAAACUGAUAUUGCAUGGUUCAAAUCAAAUUAUAAUAAUUUAAAACUGAUUAGAAUCACUGCAGAUGAAUGCAUUAGAAAAGAAAGAGGAUGGAACUUUAUACAGGGAGUGGACAAUGCAACAUCAGAAUGUGAUUUGGAUGACCAUUUAGAAUGGGAUUGGGUUGUUGAAAACAACAAAUUUAAUGAUUGCAAUGAUUUUAUAAAUGCAAUUGUGAACCAUGUACAAACAGUUUUAUGA